CUCGCUUAUUUUCGCCUUGAACCUCAACUCUCGAAAGAAUGUGCAACGAGCUCCUCCACAGAUGGAAAGACUGCCGCGAUGUUAUUACACACUAUAAGAUACGGUGCAAUUUCCAAACAGAGUUCAAUCCCAACUGCAGAUACUACAAUUAUGACUUGCAAGAGGAGCCUGGAUCGUGUCGUCGAUGUCUGAGGGGGAUUGCGAACUGGUGGGGAUGAUUGGUGAUGCUUAACGUUGAGUAGAGUUUGAUUGCUGGGGGGCUCUGGUUCUAUGAGGUAUUCAAGUCUAGUCUGUAGCAUUCAUACAGCUAUCGCGUCUUUGAAUAACAGCACCACCUCCAUCCCUCAAAGCUCGCGACUCGAAGAAGGGUCAGAAUGUGUGCACGACUUGAAACCAGGUACGAAGGAUGUCGCUGCAAACGAGACUUGUGGAAACUGCCAUGCAACAACAACUAUCGCGGACAUGAUUGUCCAAACUUUCUAGAAUUCCUAUACCAGAUAUCAGGCUUGUGUCCUAGACAUCUGGAAGAAUACCUCGAGAUGGGAGGAGACGAUUAUCAUUAUGGUUCUUGAUCUUGGAAAGAGCUGAUUCGAUCUUGCCUAUGAUACCAAGAAGCACAGUGAAGAUAUACCUAGG